CAAACAUGGGAAGCAUUCUUACCAAUUGUGACUACCAAAUGCCUCAGACCGGCUAUAGAAACCCUCAAUCUCUGAAAUUACUCACGAAUAACUAUGUGAAGGAGAAGAUGAGAGCAGAAAGAUCAGAACAGACAGAUUUCUCUUUUAAAAAAUCGCCAAGAUUCUUUAAGAAAAACCUCAGUCUGAACUCAGGUGAAAGCCUAGAGAAAGUUUGUAAUGAAUCUGAUAAAGAGAGCAUCAAAGAUAUCAGGAAGCUUUCUAUAUCGGAUGGAAUUUUGGAAUGUGGUGAGGAGGAAGAAGAUGAUGAUGAAAUUGUUCUAAAUAUUUCUGGAUCCUCAGAUCUAGAUGAAAAUAAUUUCGAAUCCUCUAAUGAAGGCUUGAAGCUGAGUAAAACUAAGUCUAAUCCUCAGCAAGACAUUGUUUCCGGAAACAUUGUCAAAGUUUGACCAAUAUCCCUCAAUAAGGAGUAUAAUUCAGAGUAUGAAGACUUAAUCCUCAAAUCAGAUAAUUGUGAAGACGAUAUGGGAUAUCACUAUUAUGUCUUAAAUGCAGAUCCUAGAGAGCUGAAUAUUAGAGUCACUCCGAAAUAGCCUGAUUCCUAACCUAACGGCAGUAUUUAAUUGCGAAAAGCUCGCAUAAUUUUCUUUAAAUAUUUUCA